AAGAUGGCGGCUUCGUUGCUAUAAACAAGUCUCAGACGAGAGUUCUUCGAUUUUUUUGCCUCAAAAUGGUCAAACAUAAAGUUACGGUAAAGUUUGGCCCUUAUAUGUCAUGUGGAAUAGUGGAGCAUCGGACUGCUCGAUUAGAAGGAUUGCAAGGUAAAAACUGUUAAACUACAGGGAGCUAAAGUGCUAAGUUACUUAGUAUGAAAGUAGUACCGUAAUGUUGAUGAUACUAGUAACGCGUAUUUAGCGGGUUUAGUCCAUUAGACUUAAUCAACCGAAAUCGUAACUAUACAAUGCACUGUAGAAGCGCACCAUUGGCUUGGAACGCCUCGGUUCACAAGCUGUCCCUUUUCAAAAAGACUUGUCAUCUUAAAGUGAGCAUAUCAUAAACCAGGUGUUAAAUAAAAAUUUUCCAGGGUAACCACUGAAUUAUGAUUUUUUUCUCUCGCAAGUAUGUUCCAAAACGGCUUCUUUUUGGGGUGGGAAGAUAAACGACUCAGAGAAAACGUUUUUUUUCUUCAGUGUACACUUAUGGCAACUCUCCUGGAUGCAGCACAAAAUCUCCCAGUCUCCCAUACGAACAACCCAAAAAUCUCUCGGAUAAAAUCGACUCUUAAGCCUUCCUUUGACAGCAUUGAGUUUUCAGUUAGAUAGCAAUAGAGCUGACAGAAGACCUCUUUUUCGAAUGCUUUGCUCACAAUUGGUAAUAUGGAAAUGGGACAGUAGUUUUUACAUUGCCGUCAGUCUCCAUUUAAAAAUAGGUGUUACAGGAGCACAUUUCUAUUCAUCCAUGUAUAUGCCCGGCGUCAUGAGGGACAGAUUAAAGAUGAACGUGAGUGAGGGUGCAAUGAUAUUCACAGACAGUUAAGAAUUUUGGCAGGAGUUUUAUCCAAACCAGUUGCUUUGGAUGGUUUUAAGUUUCUCAGUGCUGAAAUAACACUACUGACAAGAACUGGUGAAAAUUUAAAUUGUGCGUGUGGCAUUGGCUAGCAUCAUCAAUUACCCGAGGCUCAGUAUUGAUGCACUGCUCAUUGCCACAUUCCGCUGUAAGCUUCGGUCCUAUGAUUAUAAAAUAGUGAUUGAAAGCUUCAGCUAUAGAUUUAGAGUCCAAUAUUUCAUUUUCAUUCCCUUCACCGAUAGAGAGCUCACAUUAUUCAAUUUGUUAUUUCUCCCUAAUUGUGAAUUAAUAAGUGUCCAGGUUUUCCUAGGAUCAUUCGACCCAGAGCUUUCUCCAAUCUUGUCUUCAAAAAAUUUUGAUUUAGCAUUAUGCAUUUCAAUGUUUACUUUAUUAUGCAAAUUUUCGAUACUUCUUCCAGUGAAAAUUCAAAAACUCUAACCAACUGGGCCCCUCGCAUAUAAAUUUGGGCACAUAGCAAUCUAGUGCUGAUAAGAUGACGUGUGAGAUGGUGUCUACUCUUUACGUCUGUCAGCAAAGUAACAAAGGCUAUAUGGCUUUGUCUUUAAAACAAAACGGAAUGCAAGGCUGUCAAUACGGCAAAAGGCUGACUUAUUUGAGGCCAAUAUUUUGGCUAUCUCUUGGAAUCAUUUUUAGUUUAUCAUUAACCUCUUAUGUAGAUUUAAAUUCUCUUUCAGUGUAGCUCUGGCCCUGAGGAAGGCUAAUUUUGUUAGCCGAAGUAUUGGCCACAAAAUGCCCUAUUGCCAGCCUUGCAUUCAGUUUUGUUUUAAUUCCCACUUCCAGUGAUGUCUGGCAUUAGCAUCUCUACGUUAGAGAUCUGGCAAGAAAAACCAGUUGGUUUUAUUUCCGCGUCGAGCGGACCUCUGCAUUGAAGGGUUUUUACCUUGUCUUUGUCAGCACUGCUAAGAAGUGAAGGUCACACUGUAGAGUUUGUAAAAACUCCAGACAGAGAUGAUGUAGAGUUGGUUGUUCAUGGAGAAACAAUUUAUUGCUGUAAGAUUCAAGAUCUCCAAUAUGGUAAGUCUAUAAGUUACUCAUGGUUUCCUCACUGGUCUAAAGUUUCUCAGAGAUCAACGCCAGUUUUCCAUUUGUCUAGUUUGGUUGACCCGAUAUGAAGAUAACUUGUUGCAAAAUGUACAGAUGUCUGAGCUUACUGUUAAUAAUGUAUCAACAUACACCGUAUUCACAAAUGGCGGACACGCGGGAAAAAACUGGUGCCUAUGAAAGCAAGGCGUUGGAGGAUAAAAUUGCAAAUGAAGACUUUCAGUGAACUUGCAGAGUGUUUAGCACGGAUUCCACCUAAAAUAACUUUGUAUGGACGUCUUUUUAAAUACAAUGAUGUGUCACGUCUUCUGCUUUUAAUGUUUAGUACUGAUAUGCUGAUUGCAAUCAAAAGGGACGCGUACAUCUUCAAGGAAACAGGAAGAUUUUGAAGGUUUCCGAAGCCUCAGAAGCUCGACAACUUAGUGGGCGAUGGCUGGAGAAAAGCGGCAAACAUGUUGGCCCAGACUUCACACUGAAACCGAAUACGAAAGCCAGCUCACUACUGUUCUGUAAAACAGAAAUAAAAACAGAUAUUGGUGGCAAGAAAAAAAGAAAUAAGCGACGGAUAUAUGGCCUACUUGUCAAUGGAAGAGACCUCCGCCAUUAUACAAAACAGGUCAAGUUGAGAGCGGGUGAAAGAUUCAUUCACGAGACUCAUUCAUUCAUGUCAGCGUCAUUUUAUACAUAUCUAUGUAUGUCUGUAUUUACAGCUUCCUUUGGAUAAUAUUAAUUCUGUCGCUUUGGAGUGAAUUGUUGGAGGUACGUUGGCAGAGCUUAGCAAAAAUCUUUUGAUUUCUUUGUCAUUACGAAAUAAAACAAUUUUAUCAAAACUAGAAGCUGAAGUGUGUGAAUCUUAUGGCUUGCUAUUUGCCUGGUUUCUUUUAGGGCAUUAUGUCGGACUGCUUUUGGUAAAAAAGUGGUAUAAAGCUCACAUUUUACUAAGUUAAACUUUUAAGACAAUGUUUGUGUCAGGACUGAACAUGGCAAGCUUCUGUUUCGAAUCAUUAAAUUCGAGUCUGGAUCCGUUUAAGAAGACCAUCAUUUUAUUUAUUUAUGUAUUCUUCACUUUUAAAAUAUUAGGGAUCAUGAAGUUAAAACUCUUAACAGCCAAAGAUAAGAAAUACGAAAUUUACUUGCUGAAAUGAUAUGUGGCCGGCUUACCGAGUCUGCCGAGUAACAAGUUGAAAUUUUGAGCGUACUCCACUCGAUUGCUCCUGUAUUUAAACUAAAAAAAUAGUUCUAAUUGAUGUCCUUCAUCGAUGAAGACCAAAGAAUAAUGUACUGGUAAAAAAAAAACAAACAUAACUUUAUCGAAACCUCAGUCACCGCUUCUUUCCUGUCUUCCUUUUUUCCAUCUCGACUUGAACUGUUUUGUUCAAUGGCAGACGUCUCUUGCGUCAACAGUCAAGUAGGCCAUAUAUCUGUCGCUUAUUUCUUUUUUUCUUGCCACCAAGAUUUGCAUUGUUUAUAUUUCUGUUUUACCGAAUUGCAGUGAGCUGGCUUUUGUACUCGGUUUCAAUGUGAAGUUUGGGCUAACCUGUUUGCCGCUUUUCUCCAGCCAUCGCCCGUCCACUUGUCGAGCUUCUGAUGCUUCGGAAACCUACAAAAUCAUCCUGUUUCCUUGAAGAUAUACGCGUCCCUUUUGAUUGCAAACAGCAAAUCAGUUAAACAUUAAAAGCAGGAAGACAUCCCACGUAAUUAUAUUUAAAAAGACGCCCAUACAAAGUUAUUUUAGGUGGAAUCCGUGCUAAACACUCUGCAAGUUCACUGAAAGUCUUCAUUUGCAAUUUUUGUUUAUCCCCCAACGCCUCGCUUUCAUGACUAGGCACCAGUUUUUUCCCGCGUGUCCGCCAUUUGUGAAUACGGUGUAUGGAGAGGAAAUGUACUCUUGUACUCUCAUCCGCAGCAUUGCCAUUUACCACCUUGAUGAGUUUCUGGGCUGGUUAUACUGGUUUUAGCAACCUUAGAGUUAAGAGAUAACUCAAAAUACUGUUACCUGAUGGUUGCAGCCUUUUAGGAGUGUUCUAAUUUUAGUACCUAUAGUGCUAGGUCAUUGUAUAGAUAUGACUCAGUGCUGCAGUUUACAGCUUUUUUUGUUGUUGUUCAGGUGGUGAUGGAAAGCUUGAUCCAAUAUGCAAAGAAGCCCUCACUGCUGUCAACAAAGCCUACUGACCUACAGAAAAUUGAUUUUUAUCAAUAUAUUUUUACUAUUUCCACACUGUUUUUAAGUGUAUUUCGUACAAAAUAUGUGCACAAAAUGAAGGAAAUGUUCUUCACUGUGCUUUGUAAAUAAGACAAGUUUGUCAAUAAAGUUAUCUCUUGAGAA